UCUUCCCAAAACCACAUAGAUCAGAUUCAAACUCCCAUCUUUCUCCCUCUCUCUUUCUACAAUGGAUCCAAAAUCUUCUUACAAAUUCACCUUUCUAUUACUUCUAUCACUCUUCCUGCAUUCUAAGGUUGCUGAUGGAACCUCUUCAGUAUAUUUUCUAGAUAACCCAUCUCACCGUUACUUCCGUUCUCCUUCUUCCGAUGCUUCUUCUAAGAUAAGUUCCUUGUCUCUUUCCGAAGUUGGUGCUACUGUAUCAGUCUUGCUUGGUUUUGCACCUCCUGCUACUCUUUCCUCUGCUAGUUCAUCGAAGUUGAAUGAGGUACUUGUACCAAAUCCGUUUGAUAGGCCGGGUUCUGUCCUCAUCCUAGAAGUUACAGGAGCCGAAGGUGUUUCUUUUGAGGCCCUUAGAAGCAAUGUAGUAAGUGAAAAUAGAGCUGACAUUCAACUUCCAGAUGCAGAUAAAGUUUCUCUUUUUUCAUUGGAUGAACCAAAAACUGAUGCUGAAUAUUCAGACAAAGAACUAAGUGAAUUUGCAUCAUGGUUGAGCGGUUCAUAUGUGAAUGGAGAGCUGACAGUCCCCUUGGAGGAUGACGCUAAUUUGAAAUUUCAAUUGUCAAAGGAAGCAGAUAGGGGGUUUGUAACAAGUCUUGUUUCACUCACCCAUAAGAUUCAAAGAGCAAUGGAGACGCACCAAGAUUUAUCUGGAGCUGUGCACCAUCCAUCUGAGCUAAUUUCUGGAAAAUUUGAUGGCCUUAAGGCUCUCAAAGAGCAGUAUGGAGCAGAAAGUGUUGUGGAAGGAGCUAAAUUGUUCAGUAUUGUGAUGUCGAAGAUGUUUGAUUCCUUAACUGAAGCCUAUAAAGGUCAAAUUGUUGGAGUCAUUGUCUGCAAUGAAACACCUUCAGUAGCAGAGCCAUUAUUUGACGUCGUUUUCACUUCUCAACCAUCUGCCCGCUGGCUGGAGGAAACACAAACUUCACCCAAUUCAACAGUUAUUGAAGAAAUUAUAUUGGUUAGACGAACUGUUGCAUGGAUUACAGGACUCUUGCUUAUAAUUGCCACUCUAUUAGGAAUCUACUUUCUCCUCAACAUGCCACUUACAAGGGACACCCUUCUCUAUUCUAACGUGAAGCUUGAUUAGAAUUCUAAUGCUGCAUGCAUUAAACGUCAGGACAUCAAUGGUGCAAUCUGCCCAUGAUAUUGUACAAUUGUGAUUCUCUCUCAUUUCCUGUUGUUUAAAUUAUAUUGCCAUUGCCAAAGAUCAACUUAUAGCUGUAAUAAAGCUGGUUUUGCCUUCCGGGGGUUUUCACGACACUAGCUGUUUGUAUUGUAGCAAAUAUAUGGGUAAUUAUUCAUGGAAGCAAAUGAGGAGGAACUGUUGAAGUGAAAAAGGGGUUGAGGAAACAGAUUGUGUUUUUGCUUUUGUGUAUUCAUUUAGAUUCUGGUAUUAUGCUCUUUAUAUUUGUUGUAUUCCAAAACUUGAACAAUGGAAUAUCGUCUACUUCAAUAUUUUUGUCGAUGAAUAAGAUUUCGAAUUUGGAUCA